UGCCGCUGUCAGCCCUGACAAUCAGCUGGGAAAAUCCAAGUCGUUACCAGAACUGGCGAAUUCGCCAAUCAUGUCAGGCAUUCACCAACGCGCCGGCGUCUUGAUGCCCAUCUGCGAACCCUCGAGCGAAUUUUCGCCACGCUCCAAUUCGCAUCGCGAGUUUUUAUCAACGCCAUGCGAGUUUCGCGAGCCCUUACCUGGUUACCAGGCCACAGACGACGGCCUGCCUGGGCGGACAAUGGCAGGCCCAAUCCCCUUCACAUAUGCGCAGGUGGAAGAAUUGACGAACAAUUUCGCUAUCGAGGGAUUUCUUGGCGAGGGCGGGUUCGGGUCUGUUUUCAAGGGCUACCUCCCCACACGCAGCGGGCGGAAAAUUCCAGUGGCCGUGAAAGUGCUCGACACGUGCGGGCACCAGGGGGAGAGGGAAUGGCUGACUGAGGUUAGCUUCCUCGGACUCCUGGAACACCCGAAUCUCGUCCAUCUGGUUGGGUACUGCGCCGAGGCAGAUCAACGGCUGUUAGUGUACGAGUUCCUUCCCCGCGGCUCCCUCGAGUUUCUGCUUUUCGGGGAGGAGGCGGAGGCCGAUCCGCUGACGUGGCAUCAGCGGCUGAAGAUCGCGUAUGGCGCGGCCAAGGGGUUGGCGUAUCUGCACGAGGAAGCGGAGCAUCAGGUGAUAUAUCGCGACUUCAAGACGUCGAAUAUUCUACUAACGAACGAGCUCGAUGUGAAGUUAUCGGAUUUCGGAAUGGCGAGAGAAGGGCCCGAUGGGGAGAAGACACACGUCUCCACGCGCGUGGUGGGGACCGUAGGGUACGCGGCGCCCGAGUACGUGCUAACGGGGCACCUUACAACGAAGAGCGACGUGUACGGCUUCGGCGUCGUGCUGCUGGAGCUGAUGACUGGGAGGCUGGCGCUGGAUAAAGACAGACCGCGCGAGGAGCAGAGUCUGGUCGAAUGGGCAUCCCCCUUCCUUUCCGCGCCCUCCACGCUCUACCGCAUAAUGGACCCCACCCUCCGCGGGCGGUACUCCGCUCGCGGCGCACAAAUGGUGGCGGCGAUCGUCAAAGAGUGCCUGCUGAAAAAAGCUAAGCGCCGCCCAAAAAUGUCCGAGGUGGUUGCGGCGCUCGGCCCAGUGCUAGAUCUGCAUGACAUGGCCGGAUUUUGCACUGAAGAUAUGAGGGGCGGGAUGGGCGGGCAAGUAAGUGCUUCUAUCCGGGGGUUUGGCAGCACUGCGAAUAAUCCAACCACGCCACGGCAAUUCCGACGCAGUGAAAGCGCGGGAACUAUCGAUGAGGGCGCGUCCAGAAGGAGGGCAAUCUCCGCCUCUCCGAAUGCGAACGCCGAUAUGAACACUAGCGAAGCUGUGCGAAUUGUUCUAAACGCGGAUGGCGACUGUCACCAGCUGCCACAGGCUUGUGGUGCGGCAUCGAGAGCCUCUGGUAACCAGCAGCCUCGUCAGCCCAGCCCCCGCCGUGCAAGCCCGAAGGAAGCGAUCUCGCCAAGCGUCGUGGCCAGCCCGUGGAGCGCGGCAAGGCCAAGGAGUCUGCCAGCCGUUUGACAUGGCAGUUUCCAGGGGCCUUAUUUGCGGAGCUGGGAAUGUGGAAAAUAGGGGGAAAGGGGGGCGGGGGUUAUGGAAGGGGUAGCUAGGAACAGGGGGAGCUCCAGCGGUUGUGAUCUCAUCGCGAGCCGAAAUCAGGUACACUUGUUCUCCUAUUUAGCCCCACGGUUUUUGCACGCGGCUCGAUCCUGUAAGCAGGAAAUUGUAAAGCACGGGCAAACGGGACUUUGAAGGGGAAAUCCCACAGUAGGCAAUGACACCUGGUUACAAAAUCUCGCUCAUGCACUGGAUUGGUUGCCUGGGCAACAAUCCAGCUCUGAAACUCGCAAUUGUCGAAAUACAACUUGGUAGUUCGUUAUCGUUCAGACUGCAGCCAAUCAGGUUCAGUGUCAACGCGAGUCAUGCUGAGAACCUGGUAGGUGAGAUUGCAAUUUGGACUGUUCGGGGUGGGACCAUAGAGGGAAAAAGGUGUAUGCGGUGUUCUUGUCCUGUAAUUCUAAUAUUACUUCUAUUUU